CCCAUUGACUCUCUCUCUCUCUCUCUCUCUCUCUCUCUCUCUCUGCACCUUGCAGGCAUGUUGAAGAAAUUAAGAAGAAAAGUCAAAACCUUAAUCAAGAGGACUUCAACGAAACAAAGCAAACCCUAUAAACUCCCAUCACAAGAAGAGCCAUUACCGUCUCCUUCACCUUCUCCAUCGCAAUUCCCAACCAUGUCGCCACCACCGCCACCGCCACCGCAAACCCAGAAACCACUAACCCGUCCUUUCCUCUUCCCCCAAAUCCAAUCCACAGUCCUUCCCGACCCAUCUCUGUUCUUCUCUCCCCACCUCCUCUCAACCCCUUUGCCCACGAACUCAUUCUUCCAAAACUAUGUCUUGAAAAAUGGCGAUCAACCUGAAUACAUACACCCAUAUCUCAUCAAAUCUUCUCUCUCCUCGCUGUCUCUCUGUUACCCUUCUCGGUUCUCUAAUUCUGCAUUCACUUACCAGAUUUUCAAUGCUGAUCUCACCAUCACUGCACAAAAUAACCCCAACCCAAAUGCAACUCAUCUAGUCUCUGCGUUCAGUGAUCUCAGUGUCACCUUAGAUCUUCCCUCUAGCAAGCUCAGGUUCUUUCUUGUUAGAGGAAGCCCUUUCUUGACCUGUGCAGUCACCAGAAGUGCCGCGCUUUCGAUUUCAACAAUUCAUGCCAUUCUUGAGUUUGGUUGUAACACCUCUCGUACAAAAUACACCAUUAAGCUCAACAAUGACCAGACUUGGCUUUUAUAUGCUUCUUCAGCGAUUGAUUUGAGUCAUGACAUUUCUACCAUUGCUUCUGGUGGGUUUUUCGGCAUAAUUCGGAUUGCUAUCUUGCCGAAUUCUGACCCACGAUUCGAAGCAACUCUUGAUCGAUUCAGUUCUUGCUAUCCUGUUUCUGGUGAUGCUGUGUUGACUAAGCCAUUUUCUGUGGAAUACAAAUGGGAGAAGAAGGGUUGGGGAGACUUGCUCAUGCUUGCCCACCCUCUCCAUCUUAAGCUUCUUUCGGAUAAUGAUUCCUCAAUCACUGUUUUGGAGGAUUUUAAGUACCAAAGUAUUGAUGGGGAGCUUGUGGGUGUUGUUGGAGAUUCAUGGGUGUUGAAAACUGACCCUGUUUCUGUAACUUGGCAUUCAAUUAGAGGUGUUAAAGAAGAAUCAUAUCCUGAAGUUGUUUUUGCUCUUAGCAAAGAUGUUGAGGCUCUAAAUUCAACUACAAUAUCAACCACGUCGUCUUAUUUUUAUGCCAAAUUGAUCGCCAGAGCUGCGAGGUUGGCCUUGAUAGCCGAAGAGGUGAGUUAUCCUGAGGCGAUUCCGGCUAUCAGGAAGUUCUUGAAGGAUACAAUUGAGCCAUGGUUGGAUGGGACUUUUGGUGGGAAUGGUUUUUUGUAUGAUCGGAGAUGGGGUGGAAUUGUGACUAGGCAAGGAUCAUUGGAUUCUGGUGCUGAUUUUGGGUUUGGAAUCUAUAAUGAUCACCAUUAUCAUUUAGGCUACUUUCUUUAUGCAAUUGCUGUACUUGCUAAGAUUGAUCCUGCUUGGGGGAGGAAGUAUAGGGCACAAGCUUAUUCUCUCAUGGCAGAUUUUAUGAACUUGGGAAGGAGAGAGAGUUCAAAUUACCCACGUCUGAGGUGUUUUGACUUGUGGAAAUUGCAUUCUUGGGCUGGAGGACUAACUGAAUUCGCCGAUGGGCGAAACCAAGAGAGUACAAGUGAGGCUGUGAAUGCAUACUAUUCAGCAGCUUUACUGGGGUUGGCCUAUGGUGACACCCACCUUGUUGCCACUGGAUCAACCCUUUCAGCUAUGGAGAUUCACUCUGCACAAAUGUGGUGGCAUGUGAGAGAAGGGGACAACUUGUAUGCUGAAGAUUUCACUAGGAACAACAGGGUGGUGGGUGUUUUGUGGGCUAACAAAAGAGACAGUGGACUUUGGUUUGCUCCACCCGAGUGGAAAGAGUGUAGGCUGGGAAUUCAGGUACUGCCAUUGUUGCCAAUCACCGAGGUUUUGUUAUCCGAUGUGGAUUUUGUGAGGGAGCUUGUGACCUGGACGUUACCGGCUUUAGCAAGGGAGGGGGUUGGAGAAGGGUGGAAGGGGUUUGUGUAUGCAUUGGAAGGGCUUUAUGAUAGAGAUAGUGCUUUGGAGAAGAUUAGGAACUUGAAUGGAUAUGAUGAUGGAAAUUCACUCACCAAUCUUUUAUGGUGGAUUCACAGCAGAAGUGAUGAAACAGAUGGAUGUGAGGGAAGAUGGAGAUUAUGCUGGUUUGAUCACUAUUGUCAUUGAAUUUAUGGUUUGAGGAUGGACUAGAAUAAGAGUGUUGGAGUAUGAUGCUGGGGUUACCCUAUAUAAUAAGUACUCUGUUUAGGAGUUGAUAUGGUUUUCAAUAUUACUUGCUUUGUUUUGUAUACAUUUCAUCUAUUGCACGACCUUUUAUACUGAUGAACGAGGAGGAUUACAAGGAAUUUGUUACAACCAUGAAACUAACUGUUCUUCAUUUGACUGAUGGUUAAAAGUAUGAGACGAUAUCAAUGUGGCUCGAUUGAUUUGUAUUUGAUUUGGCACUUCUGUUACGAUACAUUUUCAUGUUCCCUGUAAACCAAACAGGCUAAUGAGAUUUGGUUGAGUCGUCCGUAACGUAACCG